CGACCUGGGAUAAAACCAACAAAAAUAUCUAGAUAUAUUUAAUGGUUCAGGGUCUACAGCCACUCCCGUCGAACAUUCGCCCAGUGUUCAUCUUUACUUGCUUGUUGCUUGCUCCAACUUGCAGCGAAGCAUCGUCACUAUGUCACGACGACUCUAUUUGGGAAGGCUCAACCCUAGCACAAACAAGAAUGACAUCGAGGAUCUCUUCAAAAACUACAAGCCUGUCGACAUUCGUACCAUGGGCAACUUUGCCUUUGUCGAGCUCGAGUCGAGCCGAGAUGUCGAAGAUGCGUCUCGUGAAUUGAAUGGCAAGGACCUCCUCGGGGAGCAAAUCAUCGUCGAGCCCGCGAGAGACUCGCGACGACGAGAAGGAUAUGGUGAACGAGACCCAUACUCUCGUCCACCUCCCCCUGCCUCUCGGAUUGGGCUCCCCAAGCGAGGAAUCAAGAUCAAUGUCUCGAGUAUUCCCACGUCUACAAGUUGGCAGGACCUUAAAGACUACGGUCGAAUGGGAUCACCCAAUAUCCUCUACGCUGAUAUCGACCGAAACGAUCCUACCAGCGGGGUGAUUGCCUUCCCCAACAUGGAAGACGCCGAGGAGGCUUUGAGAAAGCUCUCUGGUGUCGAUAUUAACGGUCAACCCGUCAAGCUCGAGCUCGCCCCCAAUGAGGGUCUUGGUGACGAGAGCAUGGAUCGAACAUAUGAACGACGAGACAUUGACCGUGGUGGUCCAGGAGGGUAUGAUCGUCGACCUCCCCCUCGGGACUAUUACGAUCGACCUCCCCGAGGAGGAUACGAUGACUACGAUCGACGAGGACCAUCCAGGUACGACGAUCGACCCAGAUAUGAUGACAGGCGAUAUGAUGACAGACGAUAUGACGAUCGUCGGGAUGACAGGGACGGAUAUGGGCGAAGAGAAGACAGGGACGGGUAUCGAGGAGGCGGUGGAGAUCGACCUCCUCGAGAUCGUGAUUACGAUCGGGACAGAGCUAGAAGUCCACCCAGGAGAAGGGAUGACGAUCGAUACGCUCGGGAUGACCGUGAAUAAGGCGCAGGCACGAAGGGGGGAAAGAGCAGAGGCGGAAGCAAAAGCUGAAGAGAAAAAAAUGACACAUGGAUGGUCAGUCUUGUGAUCUGUGUGUGUUCUGUGAAUCAAGUUCAUAGCGUGAAAGAGUCUGCAGAAAUAGGGCAUGAAUUUGGUCCUUCAGAA